CUUCUUCUUCACUAAUCCCUUCAACCACUGCAACUUUGCACCAAGCUCUUCGUUCUUCCACUGUACUAUAAGACUUCAUUCUAGACUUGGAGAUUUCUCGAAUCGAAAUGGCUACAACAGUGUCCGCCGUUUCACCGUCCUACGCGACCGGGAUCACGUCACGAGGCUUCAUCAAGCAAAGUAAGGCACCAUCUCUACCAUCAUUGCACCGCCGCAGCACAGCAGUCGGCGGUGGCCGCGCCGUCCAGUGCCAGGCCAAGGAUAACUCUAACGAUGGUGAAUCCGGACCAGUCCUCAACCUUCGGGAAGCGAUACCGGAAGCAAAACAAGAACUCAAAGCCAAGGGCAAAACCUUCUGGGACGCGAUGUCGUUCAGUGGACCGGGCCCCGAGAGGAUCAACGGCCGGCUUGCUAUGGUCGGGUUCGUCUCGGCCGUCGCGGUCGAGGUUAUGCGAGGAGAGGAUCUGGCGGCACAGCUCGCAAACGGCGGCGUGUUAUGGUUCGCCGGCGCGGCGGCGUUGCUCUCGGUGGCCUCACUGGUUCCGUUAUUUCGCGGUGUGGACGCGCCGGACCGGUCCGAUGCGCCCAUGACAGCUGAUGCGGAGAUAUGGAACGGCCGGUUUGCUAUGCUGGGGCUUGUUGCUCUUGCUGCCACUGAGUAUGUUAAGGGUGGCCCGCUCGUCUAGGCUUCUUUGCAGUAGCCUAGUCUUGUUUACUGCCAUGGUUUUGUGCAGUUGUUGUGUACAUGCAGUUUUUGUAGCAAGUGGAUUUGUAGAUUAUAGUUAGUAAUAUAUUUAAAUAAACUGAGCUUUUAAAAUAAACAGGCUUGUAAAUCAA